AUGCCUAUCGAAUCUCGCUGGACUACCCCGACGCCAGAAGUGGCUUUGCACAAAUGGGUGUUCGGCUCAUCGUUUGGCGAACUCGUCGACCAGAAGAUCUUCUUCGAUGCCGACUCACCCGCAACGAGGUUUCUGACCUUUUCUGACUUUCGGCUAUUGUCCAAAAGAGUGGCUCUCGGCCUGCAACGAGCGGGUUUGAGCCAGGGAGAUCGUGUCUUAGUAUGCAGCAGCAACAGCCUCUUCUUCCCGCCUCUGUUCAUGGGCGUUCUCAUGGCUGGUGGAAUCUUCACAGGCGCGAGCAUAGCCCUGCAACCCAGAGAGCUUGCUCAUCAGCUGCGGGAUAGCGGCGCGUCGUUCGUCUUUGCAGAAAGCGUCGCCCUCGCAACAACGCGCGAAGCGUGUCUGCAAGCGGGAAUUCCAAGCAGCCGCCUCUUCUCCAUCGACGGCAGCGAUCCAAACCUGCGAGAAACCACCAGACCCAUGCCGUCGUGGACCAACAUGCUUGCCUCUGCGUCCGAGGCGGCGCGUUUUGAUUGGGUGGAGCCGCAGGACCCUCGAACCACGACUUGCUGUCUGAAUUACAGUUCGGGGACCACGGGAAACCCCAAGGGCGUUGAGAUUACACACUUUGCAUAUGUCGCGAAUGGUGAGGCGACAACUUUCCUGCGGCGGCAGAUCAACGACAAGAAAGCCGGCGAGACUCCGGAUGCGAGCAUCUGCUUCAUGCCCCUGUACCACGCUGCAGGUCAAACGUCGUUCAUCGUGAACAACCCGCGCAUGCUCAUCCCGACGUACAUCAUGCCAGCCUACAAUUUCGAGAAGCUCCUCAGCCACAUCCAGACUUUCAAGAUCACCACAAUCAUGACGGCGCCCCCCAUUCUGCUGUCCCUCGCCAAAAGCCCGCUGACGGCCAAGUUCGAUCUGUCCAGUAUACGUGACGUGGUAUCGGGCACUGCACCUUUGGCACCGGAAAUCUCGCUCGAGGUCGAGAGGAGGAUAUGGCCAGACGGCCAACACUUCAUCAGCCAGGGCUGGGGCAUGACAGAGGUCACCUGCACCGGAUCGAUGAAGGGCCCCGACGACCAGCAGAAAACGUCAUCCGUCGGCGAAAUCGUGCCCAACGCGCGAUUCAGGCUCGUGGCAGAAGACGGAACAGAGGUCACGGACGCUAACAAGAGCGGGGAGCUUUGGUUCUCAGGGCCGACGCUGAUGAAGGGGUAUUGGAAGAAUCCGACUGCGACAGCGGAUACUCUCCACACGGAAAAUGGCAUCACGUGGCUGAAGACAGGGGACGUCGUCUACGUGGACAAGUACGCGGCGGGGGCCAAGAUUCACAUCGUGGACCGCAUCAAGGACCUGAUCAAGGUGCGCGGCUUUCAAGUGUCGCCGACAGAGAUCGAAGGGGUUCUGCUCGAUCAUAAAGGUGUCACGGACGCGGCGGUCGUCGGGGUCGUCGUCCGGGGCGAGGGAGUACCUCGUGCCUACGUAGUCAGAACCCCGGAAGUGACGGAGGAAGACCUCUUCGACUGGGUGAACAAGCGAGUCGCCAAGUACAAGCAACUCAGAGGUGGGCUAGCUUUUGUGGACAGCAUCCCUCGACUCCCGACAGGGAAGAUCCUCCGUCGAGCCCUCCGGCAGAGGGCACAACAGGAGGUCGACGGCGUGAAGGCAAGGCUAGUGUAG